GUAAAUCUGUGGUGCCGGGACCUGGUGAAGAGACUCCAACAGGCGGUUCGGCAGUGGUUGGAUAGUCCAUCCGACAUAUUGUUUUCCACAGACAGAGUCCAACAGAUAAAUUACAAAAGAAGAUUGACAGGAUGAGGAUCUGCUUACAAAGUGAGGAGCCAAAGAUGUCUGGAUGUCAGACUCUGCAGAGAAGAUGGAGCUGGAGGAAGACCUGGUCUCUGGACCAGAUGAAGAAGAAAAAAUGACAGAGAAGAUAUCACUCAAGUCAGAAGAUGUCACUCAGGUCACUAAUAUAAUUGUGAAUUCUCCUGACUGUCCCAUCAGAGCUGUAGUCAGUGAUGUCGAAGGUUUCUGGGUAAACCGAAAACAGACGAAACUGUCACUGAAGUUCUGCUGCUCUAGACAAAGGCCCAUGGAUCCCUAAAGACAAAUACAGUCCUGGGACAAACACUUGGAUUCAGCACUAGAAGAAACAUCUGUAACAACAUCCUGGGAUUGGUCAACACCAAACUUCUCCAUUGAGGAAGGUUUCAGAUCAACAGGGCUGAAGUCAGAACAUGCUUAAUAGCAGAGUCAAACUGGAAAUGAAAGACCCAAUGGAUUGGAAUUCUAUGUACUCAGAUAAUGAGGUAUACUCUGGAUUACACAACAUGAAUAAUGGCCUUCAACCCACCUCAUAUAUUUCUAGUGAUGUCUCCACAGUAACACCAACCAUGACCUUUAUGAAUAAUACCAUGGCAGGGCCUGUCAACAACAUGCAAAACAACCUUGGUUCUCUUAGCUCUUUGGCACAUAAUAUGGGAGGUCCCAUGGCAUCUCCAGCAUCAUCAUCUGCUUAUCCACUUGGCUAUUGCCAAGCAGAGUCUGAAUUCCAGAGAGAUCCUCGAACCUACAGAAGGAAUUACUCCCAUGCCAAACCUCCUUACUCAUAUAUCUCUCUCAUCACAAUGGCUAUUCAACAAGCCCCAAAUAAGAUGAUGACUUUGAAUGAGAUUUACCAAUGGAUCAUUGACCUCUUUCCCUACUACAGGCAAAACCAGCAACGUUGGCAGAACUCUAUCCGCCACUCAUUGUCAUUCAAUGACUGCUUUGUGAAGGUUCCACGCUCUCCAGAGAAACCAGGGAAAGGUUCUUAUUGGACUCUCCAUCCAGAGUCUGGCAAUAUGUUUGAAAAUGGUUGCUACUUGAGAAGGCAGAAGAGGUUCAAGUGUGAGAGGUCCAGAUCUGGGUCUUCAGACCUAGAAAAAAAGACUGUUAAAGUUUCAGAUGAAGUGGCUGUGGGUUUGAAGGAGUCUCCUGCUACCUAUGAUGAGAGUUCUUCCUCCCGAUCCCCAAAAACUGUGACAAACAGAGGUGAGAGCGACUCAUUGUUGGCAAACAUUCCCCAAACAAAUGGAGUGUCUCCAGCAUGCAUUAGCCCUAAUUUAGAGCAAGGAGGGCCAGCUUCACAAUUAUUAUAUCCUCUCAGUUUGCCUAAUGAUGGUUACCUUGGGAUGGUAGAAGAUCCCCAUCUGAAACAUGACCCCUUUCCUGGCAGACACCCAUUUUCUAUCACUCAACUGAUGUCUUCUGAACAGGCUCAGAGCUACUCCAGUAAAAUCGAUAUGUGUUCAACAGCUAAUCCCCUUGUCCACUAUCCGAACUAUACUGCUGACUAUCACAACAUGACUACAAAAAGUGGAAUGGACAUGUCUACAUCCACCAAUGACAGUUAUUAUAUGUAUUCCAGGCCCAUACUCAGCUCUCUAUGAGUAGCUAAUACUUUGCUUUUUCUGUAUGUGUUUUAUUACAUUUUUCAUACAUGCAUAUGUGCUUCACAGUUUUGGCAUUUGCUAGAAGAGAUCACAUACUCUGGACAUAGACAAUUGUGUCAGCUCAGUUUAUGAAAUGUAUAUCUAUCUAUCUAUGAGCAACUGUGAAAUAUCAUGGUUUCUAUAUAGACUGUGAUCUUAUUCAUUUAUUUGACUACAAUUGUAUUGUAGGAACUAUAACAUGGCAACAAUUAUGAUAUUGAUUUUUUUUUUCAAUAUCUAUAAACUAGCUCCAAAAUUAUUGUCUAAAAUGAUAUAUUUGUUUUAUCAUUAUCCUAAUAAUGUCUUUACUGUCGAAAUGAUAAAAAAUAUACUAUUGCACUGGAUGGUAUGAGACAUGAUCUGGACUCAAGAUUUGUUGGAUUUUUGCAAUUCUUUUGUAAUGUAUAUAACUGUAAUGUCUUAUAUUUAAAUUUGGAAAACAAUUGUUUUAUAUUGGAAUAUCUUUUACAUUGUACGUACAUCCUGUUUUUCAUAUUGAUGUUUGUUCUGUUUUUGAAUAUUAAUAUA